AUGCACUCCUUUGACAAGGCAAAGGAUGUUCCCGUUGAUCGACAUGAGUCAAUACAAACAUGUACCGUUGAAGGAUCUACAAAACCUGAUCUUUGUCGCGCCCAAAUUCUGACAUGUACGCAGAGGCUUGCAUCUUCUUUCGUUCCUCUGUACCACCACACAUCUGGUACAAUUCGUCGAAGAAUACCGGAUUUUAGGCCUACAAAAGUGCUGGAUUUUGGUGCUGGCACUGGUUCAGGUCUCUGGGCGGUUCAAGAGGUUUGGCCAAUGUCUGUGGAGAGAGUAAACAUAGUGGAACCAUCUCAGUCAAUGCAGCGUGCAGGACGGAACUUGAUUCAGGGAGGGGAGAUACCAUCUCUCAAAGACAGGAUUACUGUGGUUCGCCAGCUCUGGGACCUUACAGAUGAUCUCUUGAAACUGCGUAAACUGGAAAAUAAAAUGAAGAAAGCUGGAGCUGAGAAGGCAGUGCUCGAUCUCAAAUCUGGUGCGCAUAUUGUUGCUCAGGAGUUGUGGCCUCUUGAUGGUAUGAAGUUGGAGACAUUAAAGGAGAGACGCGCAAAUAAGAAACCUGAGGAUCUAGAGAUUGACUAUGUGCCUUACAUUGACCCAAGAGCAUAUGACUCUGACACCACAUGGAUGAGGAGGAAGAACAAGAAGACGGUACUGAUGAGGAUGUGGAAGAGACAAUUGAAGAGGAAGAGGGGAGUGAGAGAGCGAGUGUGGGAGGCGGAUGGGGAAGAAUCAUUUUCGCGCAAAGGGAAACAAGUGACGUUGGAUAUGUGUGUGCCAACCAAAGAGGACGGUUCAGAGGGGGCGUUUGAAAGGAGAGUGGUAACAAAAAGCAAGAACCCGGACCUUCAUUUGCAAGCCAAGAAGUCCUUUUGGGGAGACUUAUGGCCUCUCACGACUCAACAAGAAAGUGGGAAAGAGAAAGCAAGUUGA